AUGGAUCAGGCCCAACGUCCUCUUGGUCCACCUCAGCUACCCGGCUACCAGGUUCAGGUCGGCCGGCAACCCCUCAAUCAACUUCACAACGUCAACAUGCAACAGUACGGCCCAACGGCGCCAGUUGCCUUCCCCCCACAGCCUCGGCCCACACCAUUUGUCCAGGGAGAGCCCCUUGAAAAGGUCGUCGAUUUACGGGAGCGACCCUUGACAACUGAAGAAGCUCGUGAGGCUUGCUCCCAUUACAUCGCGGUACGAAUCACUCGGCUCGACCAGAACGGCUACGACAGCGAUGGUGGGCGGCAGAAGCCAUCAUGGAGGAGUGCCGUCGUCAAGGAGGUCCCUGGCAUCAGCAAUGAAGAGGCUGAACGGAUCGUACGCCGACUCAACCGCACAACCAUAUCGGUUACGGAAAAGCGGGAGACUCUCAACCAAUAUGAAAAGGAGCAAGUUGAGCGCGCCUUAGUUGAAGUCCAGAAGAAGUAUGGCGACCAGUGGUUCCAACUCACGCUCGCGCAGCUGGAUGCCCUGACAGACGUGAAGCAGCAGGAGCGGGCUAGGUUGAAGGAGAGAGAGAAGGAGAGAGAGAAGGAAAAGGAGAGAGAGUGGAAGAGACGUGAACGCCGCAAGGACUACGUCGGCAUGUUCGGCGUGGUCAAGGUAGCGCCGCCCAAGUCGCGUUCCAAGCAACACAAAGAUGCCAGCUCCAAGAAACUCCGGGACCUACAACAGCCCAUGCCCGACCUGAGGAGUAUCACCGUAUACUUCAAGAGGUCUCCCCGGCCCGGCGUCGACCCCUUCGCCCUCCUCGAAUCCCGCAACGCUCAGCAGAACGUCCAAGUUCCCACAAAUGGACAGUACCACCACCCACCGCAUGUUCACCAAGCCCACGAACUACCUCCGCCGAGGACUGUUGGAGUGCAAGGUGUGAACACGGGUUACAACACUGGUUACAAGACGACGGCCUACCCGCACCAACGCGGAGAAGCCGUUAUCCAGCCUGCCCAGCGGCGGCAAUCACACCACGAGGCACUCCAUCAACCCAAGCCAGGGGGCCGCGCUCUCAACGAUCGCCGGCCGCCACCUCAUAUUCAUCACGAGGCCCGGAGUCCAGCCAGCUCGAACGCGUCCGUAUACUCGGAGACCUUCUCUGCAGGAGACAACGACACGGACUACACGCCUCCAUCCACUCCUGCGAGCGGCAGAUCCUUCGAUUGGUCGCCGCAGAAGGCGCAAUUUAAGGAGGGUCGGACACGUUACACCGUCCAGCCCGGCUUUGGCCGAGGAGGCGGGCCCCAUCCGCCCCGUCAUCAUCCGGAUGAGGGGCGUCCUAGCCUCGAGGUACACCAGCACGCCGUCACGGCGCCCACUCAGAGGACUGCAGGGGCGCAGGGGUUUGUCCAGCUCCCUCGGGGCACAAUCAACAUGCCAGGUGCCGUACCGCCCGUGGCACCCUCACCACCGGCCCCAAUGCAGACCGCAUCUGGGCCAAAAGGUGGAAAUCAGAUGCCGUUCUUCCCCCCGCCGCCUCCACCGCCUGUGGUACAGGCCCAAGGUCAGGCUCCCGGUCAUAUCCAGGCUCCCGGUCAUAUCCAGGCUCCCGGGCCUAUCCCGCCUUCCGGUCAGCAGUUCCGGGGUUCUGGCAUGGCCCCCGUGAUCAAUCAACCACAGCCAAACCACCAAAUUGGGGGCGUGCCCACCGCAUCACGAAAUCCGGCGCUACUUCCGGGGCAACAAAACACUUCGGCCCCUAUUCCUAUGAAUCAGCCAAACACGGCAGCGAACCCGGCAACGCUCAACACCAUCUUUGCUAAGGGGUUCGAGGCUGGCCGUGCCAAAACUCAAGAGGAGGCCAUCAACAUCGCUGAGCGUGUCGCUCAACACAUGGUCGGGGCAAACGCGCCCAAGCGCCCCGGUUCUACUCCCAUCAUCAUUCAGAACGACCGACGCCUCCUCGAUCCCGGUCUCCUUCCCCGAACAAUCACCAUCGUCACCGCAGAGGAGGGAGCGCCAGUCCCAACCGGCGCCGUGGUCACUCUCAAGGCAGAACUCAUCACCGGGGUCGCGAUCAUCGAGACCGAGAUUAUAAAGAUCAUAGAGAUCACAGGGAUCGGGACCGUGGAAGAACCCGUAGCCGCAGUCUCAAUCACCAACACACCCGCGCUCGUAGCCAGGCGCAGAGCCGUGCUGUCGAUCAUUACAGGCGAAGACGCAAUCGGAGUCAUAGCAAUGACCGCAGUUGCAGCCGCAGCCGGAGCCGCAGCCGGAGCCGCAGCCAACGAUCUUGGAGAGCUCAACGCCGCAACAGCAGCCGCAGCAAUCACUCGCGUCCGCGCUCCGGUGUACGCCUUGUCCAGCCGGCGCAUGGAUAUGUCCGACCCCGGCGUGUAUGAUGACACUAUCUGGGAGCAGCAGCAGCAGAGGGAAGAGGAGUGGGCUCUGCGAGAGGCGCGGGAAAGAGCCCGGGAGAUGGAACGAGAGAGGGAGUGGGCGGGGCCGAUGGGGAGUGGUGGGCUUGCUGGUCUCGGUGUUGGCGGGGGUGCCGGCGCUAGAGUUCUUACGCCUAAUCCGUUUGCGCCACGGCCGGCGGUGAGGAGGCGGGUGGGGGGUUCGGGAGUGUAUCCGCAAGGUCGAUAUGUUGUUGAGGUGUGA